AUGGAGUGUAAGACGGAUGAGCAGUGGAAGGGCAAAGUUCCGAUGCUAUCUGAAGGUUCAGGGCCAAGUGUUCCGUUGGAAGGGAUCCCUGUUUCUCUUGGAUCAACCGGUGAACUACUCGAUGGGCUAUUUAUUAACAUCCCGGAUGGUGCUUUUAGCAGGGAUGCGGCGCCGGUGGUGGACGACCCAGAUACUGAAGCGAAUGUGAUUCACGAUAUCUCAUACGAGGGAGAUGACCUAUUCAAGUUCAGCUACUGGAACGAGCGCUCUAACAGAGAUGUUGUUGUUUUCCGUUGCCUCUCGGACACAUGUCCAUUGAGGGUGUAUGUUGCUCGCAUGGAGGAGAGCAGCUACUUCCAAAUUUGGACAGCCUCGCUGACUCAUUCUUGCCCAGUUGAAAUACGAGGCCAGUUCCACCGUCAAGCCACAACCUCUGUUAUUUCAGAGAUAAUCCGUAGCCGUUAUGUUGGUGCAACUUGA